AUGUCAGAACUUGACGAGAAAAGGGAGAAGAAUGUAGUGAGGAAAAUGGACAUGCACAUCUUGCCAUUCGUGGUCCUGCUUUAUCUGUUCAGCUUCCUGGAUCGAGUCAAUAUUGGCAAUGCCCGACUAUAUGGAUUGGAAGAAGAUUUGGGCCUGGUUGGAAAUCAGUACCAGGUCGCCGUGUCUAUUUUGUUUGUGACAUACUGCCUGUUUGAAGUUCCAUCAAAUUUGGUCCUUAAAAAACUCAGGCCGUCGCGUUACAUCGCAUCGAUAUCUAUCAUAUGGGGUAUUAUAGCGACUCUGACGGGGAUCACCCAGAAUUAUGGCGGGUUGCUGGCUUGCCGUGUACUACUUGGCGUCGUGGAGGCCGGCUUAUUCCCGGGUAUGAUCACUUAUGAAACAAUGUUUUAUAAUAAACGCGAAAUUGCACUGCGCACAGGCUAUCUUUUCAGCAGUGCCGCUGUCGCUGGUGCUUUUGGUGGUCUAUUAGCAUACGGUAUCGGGUUCAUGGAUGGGAUCUGUGGACUCAAAGGCUGGAGAUGGAUCAUGAUCAUCGAAGGUAUCCCAACAGUCAUUAUUGGAGUUGCCACCUGGUUCUUUCUGGCAGACGAUCCAGCAACCGCAUACUAUCUCAAUGAGGAAGAAAAGGCCUUGGUGGUCAAGCGCCGCCGUGCCGAACUAGGACAAACUGCUUCAGCCCAAAAGUUUCACUGGGCUGAUGUCAAAGAUGGAGCCUCGGACUGGAGAAUUUACGCCUUUUGCAUCGCCCAGUUCGGUAUCGAUACUAUGUUAUACGGGUACAGCACUUUUCUUCCAACCAUCAUUGAAGGAAUGGGAUCAUGGUCGGUCGCGGAAGUUCAGGCUCUUACUAUCCCUUGCUAUGCGGUAGGCGCAAUAGCAUAUCUGAUUGUGGCAUGGCUCAGUGAUAGAUACCAACAACGCGCACUGUUCGUCUGCAUUUUCUGUGUGAUUUCCAUCGUCGGAUACGGACUCCUGAUUGCAGACGUAUCGUCAGGAGUACAUUAUUUUGGUGCCUUGCUCAUUGCGUUGGGUCUCUAUGUGGCGGUUGGAUUGCCACUUGCCUGGCUACCGACGAACCUACCUCGAUACGGGAAACGCACGUUUGCCACAGGCUUGCAGCUCACCUUCGGCAACGUCAGUGGGGUCAUGUCGCCGUUUCUGUACAAGACAUCUGAAAAACCACGCUAUGUCCGAGGCAAUGCGGUGACACUGUCGCUUGUAGGGUUUGCGGGUGUAGUCUAUGGUCUGAUGUGGCUUUACUACCGCCAGGCGAACAAGCGCAGAGCCAGUGGCCUGGAGGAUGAUAAAAUUGCCGGAAAGAGCGAAGAAGAGAUCCAAGAGAUGGGAGAUCACAAUCCUCGAUUCCAGUUUUAUCAGAAGAAGGAAUGGGAUCUUCUUUACCAUCUAGGUGGAAUCGGACCCUGGGUCGAGAAGGUGGAUGGAGAGGGGAUUUCGCCCCCGGAAGGAUGUUCAAUUGACCAGGUGCAUCUGUUAUCGCGACAUGCCGAGCGAUAUCCCACCAAAUCAGCUGCAGACCGCCAUCUCUCUCUUCUCAAACGAUUGAAAGAGGCCAAUGUAGCUUUAAACGGCUCACUAGCCUUUAUCAACGACUGGACCUAUUUUUCAAAGAAGCUUGCGCACUUGACCACAGAAGGCCCCUACGCAGGCAUACUCCAAGCUUUCACAACCGGCGUUCGCUUUCGAACCCGUUACGGACAUCUCUUACCAAACAACACCAAGACACGAUUUUGGGCAAGUGAUUCUAUGCGUGUUACCCAAACGGCCAAAUAUUUUGCCUCGGGGUUAUUUGGCCUGGACUGGGAAAGCAAUGGACUUGCCGAACUGCAAGUCAUUCCGGAGACUUUUGAACGAGGCACGGAUACGCUUACUCCAGGUGAUUCGUGUCCUAGAUAUCUGGCAGAUACAGAAUUUGGGCAUCCCAGUGGUGUAAGUGCCCUGAUCCUAUUCCAAGAAACCUACAUGCCAGCUCUCGCGAAGCGACUCGAAGAACAUAACGCGGAAGUCGGACCAUUCACAAAUAUGGAAGUCUAUGGCAUGCAGGAAAUGUGUGGAUUCGAGACAAUUGCCCGGGGAGCCAGUCCUUGGUGCGAUGUGUUUCGACGUGAGGAUUGGGAGAAUUUCGACUAUGCUCGUGAUGUCCUCAAAUAUUAUAAAGCAGGCCCAGGAAACCCAUAUGCCGGUGCAAUGGGUUGGCUCUGGUUGAAUGCCACAACGGCUCUUUUACGUUCAGGGCCUGAAGCUGGUACUAUUUUUCUCAGCUUCGCCCAUGAUGGCGAUAUAGCACCUUUCCUCGCUGCCUUGGAUAUUUUCAAAGAUCCAAAAUACGAUCCAAAGCUUCCAACAACGCACAUUGCAAAAGAUCGCAUUUGGCGCACUUCAUCCGUACUGCCAAUGGGUGGUCGCGUCACCUUGGAGCGGAUGUCUUGCUCAUCGUCGUCAAAUUCAGAGACAAAUGACCGAAAAACAUUCGUUCGUAUUAGCAUGAAUGAUCGAGUCAUGCCAUUGCCACACUGUCAAGGGGGUCCUGGGUCCUCUUGCUCAUUGGAACAGUUCGUCAACCAUGUACAACGACGAAGAGUAGAGGUUGGAGACUUCAAAGAGGUGUCUAACAUGGACUUCGCUUCUGACAGCGAAUCCCUUAACCCGCGACGACCACCUGAAGAGUCCGGACCGUUUGGAAAGAGAAGGAACGCUCGAUACGAGACUGCUCGAUCGCGCACACGUACUGGAACACCGGCGAAGAGAGAAAACCCCAACGUUGCCGAGUUCGGGCGACUUUUUGCACAACAGCAGGAGGAAGAAAAAGCUCAUCACACUUUGCCCAAGUCCUCUUCCUCGUCCAGCCUUGAUGGCGGGCGGAAACAAACAGAAAAGGUCGCGACGGAAUGUAUACUCUAUGGAUACAGAAGUAAGGAUUCGGAGUGGAAGGUGAUUGAUAAAUAUGAGCGGAUUUCGCGAGGCUUCAUCUGUGAGGACUAUCCUCGCAGUGACCCAAACGCUCCUACUGGAUUUGGUCAAAUGUUGAGUGGUGGCGAUGUGGUGAUUCGGACCAACUUGUCUGCGGAUGCCAACCGGAAGUCGAAGCGAUAUGCUGGAGGUUUCCACUGGAUCAAGGUUACCUACGACUCGGCCAACGCAGCGGACCGCGCGUGUUUUUACUCUCCCCAGGAGAUCGAUGGGCACAUGGUGUUUUGUGAGCUGUAUCAUGACCAAGGACCCGCCGAGGACAUCCCGAUUCCUAAAGAUUCGUCUGCGGCCAGCCAGUUCAAAUCGAAAACGUCGCGCACUAUGACCACUUCCCACUCCACCAAUUUUCUCCAGGCGGCGAAGGAAAAACCGCGCGGUGCUACCAUGCCACGAUCAUUUGGUAUGAACAACCUUUCUAGCAUUUCUGAUAGCUACGAGGCCGAGUCCCAAGAUUCUACUAUAACAGCUAGCUCCGCAACAGCGACAGCGCCAACAGCAGCAACAGGAUCAGCAACCGGCGUAGAACAGCCACCCGCACUCCUUCAACGAAAUGUCCCUCAAGAGCCAAAGCCAGAGUCUGAAUUUAUGACGCACAUUCCGAAUGUCCGCCGAACAAAACUUCGACCUUUGGCUGAAGCCCUUCCACCACAGCCUACUGUGACAGAGCGUGUCCUUCGUUCGAUCCCGAUUCUCAGCUGGUUCACUGGUGACAUUGUGGGAGACGGUCCUCAGCUAAAAGAGGAUGGAAGCUUUGACUACGAAAAGUCCAAUGUUUACUGGCGAUUCUGGUACACGGUCGAUACGAUUAUCGGAACGGACAUUUGUGGACUUAAAGAGGAGUCGUGA